AGGUCCCACUCUGGUAGAGCGUCAGUACACUUCCUGUUUGAAGGCGGGACUAAUCUUGUAAACAAUGCACCCAACCAACGUGAUGUGAACCGCUGCAGACUGGGAACACCAUAUAUCAGAGGAGAACCAGACAGCAGUUUAUAAUGGCUGCAGAUUCAGAGAUGACUAACGGAGGUGAGAAUAUCCUCAGUGAAAGUGACGACGAUAUUCUCAGCCCUGAUGACCUGUCGGAAGUGUUGGCGGCUGGAACCAAGGAGUCUCACGACAAAGCUGAGAACUCUCCAUUUGUCAAGGACUUCCUUAGGGGAAGAAUCAAACGAGAACUUUUUAAGCUCGGCACAGCUGCCCUGUACUAUGUUUAUUCAGCCAUCGAGGAAGAGAUUGAAAAGAACAAGGACCACCCCAUGUUUGCGGCUCUAUAUUUCCCCUCUGAGCUGCACAGGCAAGACGCUUUGGCCAAAGACCUGGAGUAUCUCUAUGGUGAAGACUGGGAGAGUAAGAUCUCCUGCUCGGCAGCCACACAGCCCUACGUAGAUCGCAUUCAUGUGGUAGGUCGCAAAGACCCGGUUCUGCUGGUGGCACACGCCUGGACCCGCUACAUGGGAGACCUGUCAGGUGGACAGAUUCUAAAGAAAGUAGCCCAGCGUGCCCUGAAACUGCCCCCAACUGGUGAGGGAUUGAACUUCUACCAUUUCGAGGGCAUCCACAACCCUACAGCCUUCAAGAGACUUUACCGUAGCCGCAUGAAUGAGCUGGACGUGGAUGCUGAGACCAAAGAGAGGCUGCUGGAUGAGGCCAACCUGGCAUUCAAAUUUAAUUUGGACGUGUUCACGGAGUUGCAGGAGAUUGGGAAAAACAUUAACGAGGAGUUGCAGGACAUUGGGUUCCCUGCACAUGGAGAUAUGGGAGGAGACAUUAGUAAAUGUCCCUACUAUGCAGCCAAAAUGGCGGUGAGUGGCAACACAACGCACGCAUGCCAGUUUGCAAAAAUGCUGCUUCGCCAACCCACAGUACAGGUGGUACUGGCCACAUGGGUUGCUGCUAUUGCUGGAUUGGCUGCCUGGUACCUCAUGUGAUAACUUUGAACUGAGUCAACCAAACAGAAAGGAAGAUAAAGAAACAUCUGGACUUCAAAGUAAAAAUUCUCCAUUCAGUCACCCAACUGUGAUUUCUGUUGACAUUGUGGAGAUCUUGCUGUGUAGCAUAUUAAAGUAUAUCGACUAGACCCUCGAUCUACACUAUACUCUCAAAUUUAACCAAUUUUUACUUGGCUCUCCAGUGUUGUAUAUCAGCAGUUCAGAGAGUUGAGAGAGAAGUUGAGUAGGUCAAAAGUGUACACCUUACAGGGAAUGGAAAAAGGGUGCACAAGCUGCAAAGUGUAACAUUAUGAAUGCAAAAAAACGUGUAUGUUUAAUUUAUUAUUGCAGUCACUUUAGAACAAAAAGUAAUAAAGGCAUUUAAAGCAGGACUUCUUUUGAAAUUAGUAUUUCUUUAUGUCUGUCAUAACUGUAGUUUCCACACGGAUGAAUGUAUAACAUACCCAACUUGGCGUCUUCACAUUCUUGUAAAAUUCUUGCAGUUAAAUCACUGUGGGAUCCGCAAAUUAUUGUGAGAGUUUUACCCAAUCAAAUCCAUUUACAUAUGUUUAUCAGCAGAAAUAGCCCAUUCCAAUGUCUUUAUUUAAUCUGUUAAGUGUUUUAUAUUUAAUUUUAAUGAAAUAAUAUCAUUAGCAGAGAAUGGACACUGCCAGAAUGAUGAUGAUCCUUACUGGCUUUACUGGCAUUCUUUUUGAAAGAUUCAUAAACAAAGUGUCCCUUUGACAAUCAGGGACUUUGGACAUUUAAAAAGUCACCAUGUUUAGAAGCAGGGUUCAUUUUUGUUGUGCAUCAUGUAACCAACCAGUACUGUAAUGAUCUUUUGUCCUGAGUCGAACCUUUGAUUUUUCUAAUUUCCCACUUUUAAACGUAGGUUUUUGUGUGUGUGAUGAAGCAAUCUUGUUUUGUGUAGAACACCUUUGAUUCCCAAUCUUGUUUAAAAGAUCUGACUAUGGUAACCUAAGUGUUGUAGGGAGAAAUAUAUGUAUAAGUGCUCACUCCUGCUCCCUUGUUCAAAAACAUCUCUGUGCAUGCCGUUACUCUAAAUGUGUCUAUAUUGUUAUACUUCUAUAUAACAACCAAUCAAUCAAUGCUUACAAUCAUUUCAUUAUGUUUAUCAUUAAGAUCUACUUUAUUUUGAUCAUAACUGGGGGUGAUAAGAGAACAGUUUGGAAUUUGAAACUCAUUUUGAAAUGACAAAUGAUUUAUUUGCCAUUAGAAAUAUUGACAAUCUUUUGAUGAAGGAUAAAGAAAUUGAAACUUAUUUAAAUAUUGUUUGAAUGUAUUUCUCUAUUUCUUUCUCUUUUUCAUGGAUUCAGUGUAUCAA